GAACUUUUGGAUCGCUAUCAUGCUCAUAACGUCCUGUACAAAUGGUUAUGACGGUAGUAUGAUGAACGGUCUGCAGUCUUUGACGCAGUGGAAUCAAGCGUUCAAUUAUCCUGCUGGUGGGACUCUCGGAUUGCUCAAUGCCAUUCAGAGCAUCGGUUCCUUGAGUGCCUACCCGUUUGCACCCUACAUGGCUGAUGGCAUGGGUCGGCGGUUCUCAAUCAUCUUUGGUGCAAGUUUGAUGAUUGUCGCUGCCGUGAUCCAGACUGCUAGUCAUUCAAUCCAGAUGUUCAUUGGAGCCCGUUUCAUGAUCGGUUUUGGUCAAACAUUCGCUGCUACCGCUGCUCCACUCCUCGUCACUGAGGUCGCAUACCCUUCCCACCGCGGUCGAGCAACUUCACUGUACAACGCAUUAUGGUACCUUGGAAGUAUCAUUGCGGCAUGGACUACUUAUGGCACCUUCACUAUCCCUACCAGUUGGUCGUGGAGAAUUCCUUCCGCACUGCAAGCCCUUACGUCAACGAUUCAAGUCUUGUUGAUCUGGUUCGUCCCCGAGUCUCCACGUUGGCUUGUGAGCAAGGGAAAGGAGGAACGUGCUCUCCAAGUCCUCGCUUAUUAUCACGCCGACGGCAAUGCACAAGAUCCUCUUGUGGAGUACGAAUUCAAAGAGAUUAAAGCUGCCAUUGCUUUUGAUCGGGAUGUAGCUGCGAAUGUUGGCUGGCUAAGCUUGAUCAAAUACCCCGGAAACCGCAAACGUUUACGCAUCAUCAUCGCGCUCGGUGUCUUCUCCCAAUGGUCUGGUAAUGGCUUGGUUUCUUACUAUCUGAACAAAGUCUUCACUGCAAUUGGAAUUACGGACCCAGAGACCCAGUUGCUGAUUAAUGGUGUUCUCAACACCUUCAACUUGUUUUUCGCCGUAACUGCCGGCUUUUGCUGUGACCGUGUGGGUCGACGUCCACUGUUCCUUGCAUCUUGUGCUGGUAUGGUCGUCUUCUGGGCCGCGCAGACGAUCUGCUUCGCCAUCCACCAAGAAACUGGUAGCAUCGCCGCGGGCGAUGCAGUCAUUGCUUUCAUUUUCCUUUACUUCGCGUUUUGUAGCAUUGCGUUCUCGCCUCUCGUUGUCUCAUACACUGUCGAAAUUCUCCCCUUCGCCCUCCGGGCCAAGGGUUUUAUGGUGUUCAGCUUCAUGAUAUCUCUGUCGCUGAUCUUCAACCAAUACGUCAACCCCAUUGCCCUUGAAGCUCUGCAAUGGAAGUACUACUUGGUAUACCUGUUCUGGCUGUGCUUCGAAUUUGUGUUUUGUUACUUCUUUAUCAUUGAGACGAAGAACCACACUCUCGAAGAAACUGCGGUCAUUUUCGAUGGUGAUACAGACAUGGUCCGGAUUCAUAACGUGGUGUUGAAGUCCGAAGAGUCCGAGGCAGUGAAGGCGGCCGAAGUGUAAGAUACGAGCGAAGCCGAAAGUGGUCCGAGCGAGCGACGCUUUGACGUCGGCUGCAGCUCGUCCAUAUUACAAUGUGUGGUUUGCUACGAUACAUAUAUUUUUCAUCUCUAUGCUAACCUACUAUAAGAAGUCGAUUACUUUCAUACGAACAUCUCAGCUCCUUCAGAGACUGAGAUGUAAGCCCCAGUUAUUUUUCCCGUUACUUUACAUUGCUAACGAGCCGUAGAUACUUUGUUUAUUAUCAGGUACUAGACUCGUACAAA